CCACCACCACCGCCGCCACCGCCACCAGCAACACCGAGUCGCUCAGGCCACCGGCCCGCCGCCUCUUAAAGGGAGGUGGCCGCUCUUAAAGGGACCCUCGCGCGCCCGGCCGGCGGGAGCGCGGCGGCCCGGUUCCCGGAGGACCGCGCCCAGCCUAGGCCGAGCUCCACGCGGCGUCCAAGCGCGGGGCCGUGCCGCCGCCACCGGGAGCAGCAUUUUUAUUCAGGCGACGCUUAAGGGAGCCCGGCGCGCCCGGUGCAUUGUGGGAGCGCCGCGGCCCGUUUUCGGGAGGAGGCGGAGGGCGCAAAGCGAGCCGGUGGAUCCCAAGUAGAAAGCGCAGUGGAUCAAAAGAGAGGGAGGGGAGGGGCUGAACUGUGAAGAGUGUGGCCCCAGAACCAUGUCUACUCGGGAGUCCUUUAACCCGGAAAGUUAUGAACUGGACAAGAGCUUCCGCCUAACCAGGUUUACUGAACUGAAAGGCACAGGCUGCAAAGUGCCCCAAGAUGUCUUGCAGAAAUUGCUGGAAUCUUUACAAGAGAACCACUUCCAAGAAGAUGAGCAGUUUCUGGGAGCUGUUAUGCCACGGCUUGGCAUUGGGAUGGAUACUUGUGUCAUUCCUUUGAGGCAUGGUGGGCUUUCCUUGGUUCAAACCACAGAUUACAUUUAUCCUAUUGUCGACGACCCCUACAUGAUGGGCAGGAUAGCAUGUGCUAAUGUCCUCAGUGACCUCUAUGCCAUGGGCGUCACGGAGUGUGACAAUAUGCUGAUGCUCCUUGGAGUCAGCAAUAAGAUGACUGACAGGGAAAGGGAUAAAGUGAUACCGCUAAUUAUACAGGGUUUUAAAGAUGCGGCAGAGGAAGCGGGAACCUCUGUAACUGGCGGUCAAACAGUGUUAAACCCCUGGAUUGUUCUGGGAGGAGUCGCCACAACUGUCUGCCAGCCCAAUGAAUUUAUCAUGCCAGAUAACGCAGUACCAGGGGAUGUGCUGGUCCUGACAAAACCGCUGGGGACACAAGUUGCAGUUGCUGUACACCAGUGGCUGGAUAUUCCUGAAAAAUGGAAUAAAAUUAAGCUAGUGGUCACCCAAGAAGAUGUAGAAUUGGCAUACCAAGAAGCGAUGAUGAACAUGGCACGACUCAACAGGACAGCUGCAGGCCUUAUGCACACAUUCAAUGCUCAUGCAGCCACUGACAUCACAGGCUUCGGGAUUCUGGGCCACGCACAGAACCUGGCCAAGCAGCAGAGGAAUGAAGUGUCGUUUGUGAUUCACAACCUUCCAGUGCUGGCCAAGAUGGCAGCUGUGAGCAAAGCCUGCGGGAACAUGUUUGGCCUCAUGCACGGGACCUGUCCGGAGACGUCAGGAGGCCUGCUCAUCUGUUUACCACGUGAGCAAGCAGCUCGGUUCUGUGCAGAAAUAAAGUCCCCCAAAUAUGGCGAAGGCCACCAAGCAUGGAUUAUUGGGAUUGUAGAGAAGGGCAACCGCACAGCCAGAAUCAUCGACAAACCUCGGAUUAUCGAAGUCGCACCUCAAAUAGCCACGCAAAACGUGAAUCCCACACCUGGUGCCACCUCCUAAUUUAGACAGAGAUAGCUAUUGGAUUUUGUUUUUAAAUAGAUCUAUUUCCUUUAUCAUCACUUUGAUUAAAGACUCGAUAAGAACAACAAAAAUCUCAUUGUGUCUACACAUCUGGUGGCCCUAGGUCGGUUUGUGAGUGGAUGCAAUUAAUAAAAAGAAAUCCAUGGCCUUCUUUUCCUAUUACAUUAACUGAAGAUGCACCCAACCUCGAGGCAGCUUCUGAGUUGAGAAUGAUAUUGUUAUCCAAUACUGUUGAUUCAUUUUGAAUCUUUAGAUGCGUAUCUCUUGCCGCAUAGGCGCUUUCUAAAGGUGCUUCCCACCCCAGACAUUACUGAGAGCAGUGUCACCUGGCAAUCUGUGUCUUCUCAUGUCUAUAAAUUGUCUCAGUUGACAUUCUAGAAAGGCAGAAUUGGUAAGUGACGUGGUGGCCUCCCAGUCGUCAGAGGGUUGCAUGAGUCCUUUGAGUCUUUGGUUUGUAAAGAGCUGAGUCUAACAACUCGAGGGCAUUUCUUCUACCCAGGACAUUCUCCAGUCGCUCACUCAGACUCAGUUCUGUAAGGUUUACUCUGCAUGGAAAGCACUUAGAAUUAAAAAAAGAAUUUUUUUUUUAAAAGCUUUCCUGAUACUUGCAGUAAUACCAUUAAUGGUUCUUUACCAAUAGGAAAAAGGAUACUUUUUGCAAUGUAAUUAGAUGUUCUAUAGUGUGACAAGGAAUUGCCUUCCGAUAGGGGAUUCAUGUAUAAUACUCAUUUAUAAUUCAAUAUCUAAUUUACUUCGCAAAUAAUUUUUGAAUAUAAUCAAUAAUGACUGUUCUGUGGAUGGUAGCAUUUAAUACAUUUUAUAUUUUGUAUAGUGAUUUCAGGCCUCUUGUUUAAAAUCAGCAGCUUUUUAGCCUAAUUCUUAGCAUCAUUUUGUCUCUGCGCCCAUACUUUUUUGUGCACGCAUUUUGUGAUCUGUCUAAAACCUGCAUUGCCAACAUUGCAGCUCAAAUUUAAAAGUUGUUAUUCAAAUAAAUAUUUAAUUUUUUUAA